UAUUUUUUGAGUUCGGUAUUUCCAGUUUAGGUGAAUAAACUAGUGACCUGGGCGCUACCAACCUCACCGAUGGAAAAUUCCACAGUAAAUCGUCGAAUUGUCAGCGCCAUAUUGUUCACUUAUUUAUGUUUUGAUUUCAAUCGAUAAAUAGCUAAAAAAUCGUAAAAUGGAAGACAACACUCAGUUGUCUUUUCCAGAAGAAGACGAAGAUUUGGAAGCUUUACGAUUAGCAGCCUUACAGUCUUUGAAACGUAAAGCCAGCAAUGAAGCCCAACAAAUGGGUCACUUUGGUGGUAUUAAAGACAAGGGGAAUCAUUUUAAUGGGUCACCGCGGGGCAAGCACAAGAGGGGCAAAUUUUCAAGACUACAGCAAGGUCGCAUUCCUAGAAACGGCCAGUUUAACGGUUGGUCACGAAAUUCGAAUUUGAUCGCCGUUCCAAUGGUCACAGAAGACGAGAAAUUACCGGAAAGUACGAAAAAUGUGACUGAGGAUGUCCCAAAAUUGGUGCUUCCCCAAGACAGGUAUUGCAAAGCCGACAAAUCUCCCGAACGUUCUGACCCCAUUUCAACCAAAUUCGACCGUUAUGAUAACUCAGACGAGUCAGACGACGAGUCUGAGGAGGAACGUUCCAAGUCCGAAACGGAGGAAAAGCCAGAGUUGACCCGUUCGAACAGCCUUGAGGCCCUGAUGGCCGAACUCGAAAAUGAAAUACAAGGAGUGACGGCGGAAAAAUCGCCACCAAAACCCAAGAAAAAACGAAAAGUUUCGGUCAUCGAACCGGAGGAGAAAAUCGGCGAAAACGCCGUUAAAGAAAAUGUGAAACCGGAACUGGAGGUGAAAAAAUCACCGAACUUUCGGCGCAAAUGGCAAAAGCCUCGUCGGCCGUUCCAUCCGCCGAGUUUAGUGCAUCCCGUGGCGCCGCCACCGGAGAUAUUGCCGCCUCCGGUGGUGGCGUUUGCCCCGCCUCCAAUUCCGCCGUUUGCGCCUUAUAUGGGUUUUGAUGGUGUUUACGCCCCGCCUAUUUACGAAUCUCCGCCUCCACAGUUGCCACCGUUGCAUAUGGCGCCGCCUAUUUAUGAACGCCCUCUUUCUCCCAUUGGUGUUAAUACCGAUUUUGGGAAUGGGAUCAUGGCGCCGCUGUCGCCACGGAGUGCCGCUUUUGUGAUGGAAAAUCGGGCUAUUAUUGAGAAGAGGAAACGCAGGUCGUACUCCCGGAGUCCGACUCCGGUUAGGUUCCGGAAAAGGGCGUCUUUAUCGCCUUUGAGGCGUUCCCUAUCUCCAUCACCUGUCCGAAAAGUAUCGCCACGCCUAUCUCCGAAAAAACAAUCAUCGGUUCGCGAACGGUUAGGAGCGAAGAACGGCAAGACUGAAGAAGUGAAGAAAGAGGAAAAAGAAGAUCCGGUUUUGGAAGCGCGACGAAAAAAAUUUGAACGUAACGAAAUCACAAUGACUGAAGGUGUGAUACGUUUGAAGAAACCCGAAAGUGAGGAAGUGAAGAAAGAGGAACGCGUCGAAGACGAGCUGGAGGCGGAAGAAAUCGAUGAAGAUGCGUUGUUGGAAGGCGCCGAUUCGAUUAUUUUAGACCCAAAACUCGAUACACUUUUCUCCGAUGAAGAAUCGGACAGUGACAACGAAGGACGGUUUAAAACCAAGCAAGAAACGAAUCAGAAAGUUCCAAUUUUGCCGUUUACUAAACUAAUCAACGGCGCGAAGAGUGAAGUGAAGACCGAUCUUCGGCUGGAAGAGAAGAAGACCGAUAGGAGGAAACGGUUUAGGAGUCGGACGCCGUUAAAGAAACCGGAGGUUAAGCUUGCCAGUGAAAGAAAAAUCGAAAUCAAAAUUCGAAAUCCGGCGAAAUAUGAAAAGAGCGAACCGGAAGAAAAAGUGAGGAAGGUGGAAGUGGCGGAUGAGAAACCGGAAGAGAAGGUUGAGUCGAGUGUGACUGAAGGUGAUUUGAGGACGCAACUGAGUCGGAAACGAGCCGAGAGACAAAAACAUCCUCUUCCGGACGGCGUGCCGUCGAGACUUUUGCAGAAUGCACUACAAGGAGUUGGCUUCAGGAAAGUGAAAAAGAGUAAAAAAGACGAAAAUACAGAAGGGAAAUUGCCGAUUCACUUGCGACUGGGGGCUGCCACCGAGCCGAGUGGGAAAAAGUCGAGGAAGCAAAAGAAAGGAAGUCAGGAGCAGGUAUUGUGUUUUGUUGCGUCAUUUCUUAUUAUUAUUAUUUUUAGUUUAAAAUUGUUCGUUAGUACGUUAGUAUCAAAACGAUUUCUAAUCGGUGCACUAACAACCAAACGUUUCGCUUUGAAAAACCGCGUUUUUAUUUUCGUGACUCAUCUGUGAUUUAUAGGUUGCAUGUGAUGUAUUUAUUUCUCUCUUUUAUGAUUUAAUCUGACUGUUACAGGAUAUUAUAUCGACAGACACACAAAAAAAUUAAUUCGAAUUGUACAAACUGUGAUAUUUUAUAAGACUUGUACUUAAUUUAGUUAUUUAUGUAUAGUAUGCAAUUUUUAAGUUUGUUAAUUAAGGUUUAAAAAGUGCAUACCAGCCAUGUAGAUGUUGUAAGUCCCUAUCCCUAGUCCUUGUCGCUCCUUAAAACAUUUAGUGAUCCCAAUGUUCCACGAUUGUAACAAUUUAUAAUGCAAGAAUUACACAUUUGUGCAGUGUGUGUGGUCUUAAUGUGUAAUUUUUGUAAGUGAGACAAUGAUGUAACUACUUUGUAUCAUUUUUGACUGAAAAGAUUGAGAAAAGAAAGCACGGGAAAAAAGAAUGAUACAUAACAAAACAAAACAAAUCGAAAAAAUACUUAUUGGAAAUAUGUUUGUAACAAUAUAGGUUUAAACAACUCCAACAACGCCACAAAGGCCAACCCACGAAGGAGUCCGAAUUAAUCAGGAAGCCGUUAGUGUGACAUCAGGACUCUCGUUAAUUGUAAUAAAGAGUAAAUAAGUUGUAAAUCACUUUAUUCUUUUUUUAUUGCUUGCUUUAUACAUUUUGUGACUUUUUUAAGUAUUUAAUAAAUGUAAAUAUUGUGUAUACGA